AUGACUACUGCAGAACGGGUAACGAGAUUGUCACGGAGCAGAAGUAAAGGAGCAAUCAAUUAUAAAGAAAGAAAUGAAACUGAUUUUUCUCCUGAUAUAGGUUUAUCUGAUGAAGAUGAAUCUGUAAUUAAUGAUGAAGUGGCCCCCAUUUGGCUACAAGAUGAUAUUAGGAGUGAUUCUGACGUCGAUUUAGAGUCGGAGGAGGACGAACUCGAUGGAAAUUUGAAAAAUUAUAGGAAUUUGAUCCGAGAAAAGAAUGAACAGGAUUCUGAUAGCGGCGAUAGUGAUCUAGAUGAAGAAGAUAGUAACACAGUUUCUUUGAAAUUGAAACAAUUGGAUGAGUUUGUUAAACAGAGUCAAGUUUAUUCAAGUAUCAUUGCUGACACUUUAUUGAAAAGAAGCUCUGAAUUGGCAAAUGAGAGCACUGACACCACCACUUUGGAAGAUGCUCAGCCCAAGAAAAAGCAAAAGACAAACAAAAAGAAGAAAUCUAUAAUGGAUUUUUUCAAAAAAGAUGAUGGUACCUCUAAAACUGAAAAAAAUACCAGUUCUACUCCGUCGCAACAGACAAUUGCGAAGGAGCAACCUUCUUUAUUGAAAAAUUGUAUUCUAAAACCUUAUCAAUUGGAAGGGCUUGAUUGGCUGAUCACGUUGUAUGAGAAUGGGUUGAAUGGGAUUCUUGCAGAUGAUAUGGGUCUGGGAAAGACCAUUCAAAGUAUCGCAUUAUUGGCGUUCAUCUACGAGAUGGAUACAAAGGGACCUUUCCUAAUUGCCGCUCCCCUUAGUACUGUGGAUAACUGGAUGAACGAAUUUGCAAGAUUUGCUCCAGAUAUCCCAGUCUUGAAGUAUUACCAUCAGAGUGGGGCUAAAGAACGUGCAAAAUUGCUUAGAAAAUUUUUCAAACAAACUAACGGUGCUGGUGUGGUUAUCACCUCUUAUGAAAUUAUUAUGAGAGAUGCAGAUUAUAUUAUCUCGAAGCAUUGGAACUUCUUAAUUGUAGAUGAAGGUCAUCGUUUGAAAAAUGUGAAUAGCAAAUUAAUUCGUGAAUUAAAACGUAUAAACACAUCAAAUAGACUAUUGCUGACGGGAACACCAUUACAAAACAAUUUAGCAGAGCUUUGGUCACUGUUAAAUUUCAUUAUGCCUGAUAUCUUCUCUGAUUUCGAAAUUUUUAAUAAAUGGUUUGAUUUCAAAGAUCUCGAAUUGCAGAGUAGUUCAAAGAAAUUAACAAAAGUGAUUAAUGAUGAAUUGGAAAAAAAUUUAAUCACUAAUUUACACACAAUUUUAAAACCUUUUCUUUUACGAAGAUUGAAAAAGAUAGUGCUGGCAGAUAUUCUACCACCGAAGAGAGAAUACAUUGUAAAUUGUCCCAUGACAAAAAUUCAGCAAAAGUUUUACAAAAAUGCCUUAUCAAGUAAAUUGAAAAUGACGGUGUUCAAAGAAAUGAUUAAACAAUUUUUCACAUUAAACACUGGACAAAUAGGUCGCGUUUCAAACAAAUCAAUUAGAGAAUUUAUAGACUAUAAAUUAAAAGAAAAAAGCGAUGAACAAGUUCCUGAAGCUAGCGAAGUACUGAAAAAUAUGGAUGUUUUAUACAACCAACAUCUUCAUGCAGAAAUUACAAAUAUACGACUGCAAAAUAUGAUGAUGCAAUUACGUCAAAUCGUCGAUUCAACUUAUCUAUUUUAUUUCCCCUUUUUAGAGCCCGAUGAUCUGACGCUAGAAAUGUUAUUAAAUACCUCUGGGAAAUUACAGACCUUACAAAAACUUGUCGUGCCGUUAGUUGACAAAGGACACAAAGUUUUAAUUUUCUCGCAAUUUGUAGAUAUGUUAGACCUACUAGAAGACUGGUGUGAAUUAAAUUCAAUAAAUUCUUUCAGGAUCGAUGGCUCUGUCGAUAACCCUACUAGAAAGGAAAGAAUUGAACAAUUCAAUGAAAAAGGAGAUAAUCACAACAUUUUCUUAUUAUCAACGAGGGCUGCAGGUCUAGGUAUCAAUCUAACAGCAGGCGAUACAGUUGUGUUAUUUGACAGUGACUGGAAUCCUCAAGUGGACUUGCAAGCCAUGGAUCGUUGUCACAGAAUUGGGCAAGACAAGCCUGUCAUUGUGUAUCGUUUAUGUUGUGAUAACACCAUUGAACACGUUAUUUUAACCAGAGCUGCAAACAAGAGGAGACUAGAAAGACUGGUGAUCCAAAUGGGGCGGUUCAACUCUUUGAAAAAGUUAGCCCUCAACGAAGGUUCUUUCUUGAAGCAAAAUACAGGAAUAAUGGCUAAAACUACGAACAAACAACUGGUGGAAGAAUUGUCACAGUUAUUAGCUAUUGGACAGUCCAGCAUCGGUUUUACGAAACCUGUAAAUGAUGUAGAAAAUGUACUAACGAAUGAAGAGGUUAAAGAGCUCACUGACAGGUCACUAAAAGCAUACAAACCAGAUAGAAAUAUUGAUUUACCCCACGUAAAGUUGUUUGAAACAACCUCAGGACUGAACUAA